AUGGGUAGUUGCAUCUCCUCUGAAUCCGUCGCCGGCCCCUCCGCUAACGUGGUCGCCAUCACCGGUGAACUGCGCCUCUUCUCUCUUCCCAUAACCGCUUCCCAAGCACUCCAAUCCCUUAAUUUAUCCCCAAAUUCCUUCUUCAUCUGCAACUCCGACCGCCUCUACUUCGACGAUUUCAUCCCACCCCUCGCCCACGACGACCUACUCGACGCCGCUCAGAUUUAUUUCGUCCUCCCUGCCGCCAGGCUCCAGUAUCGCCUCGCCGCCUCCGACAUGGGGGCGUUGGCCGUCAAGGCCAGCCUGGCGCUCGACCAAAUCGGGCGCCGGAAGAAGAAAGCUCGGAUCUCCCCUACUUGGACGGCGGUGGAGGAUCCGCAGUCGAAUCACACCGUUAAUUACAGAAAGAGUUUCGUGAGCGAUGAUGGUGGUAGUAGUAAGUCAUCGGCGACGCCGCGAGUAUCGAGAUCGACUUCUUUGAGGAAGCUAAGCAGAUACUCUUCCCGGCGAGCUAUGCAGGCAGUUAGAUCCUUUAAGAUUAAGCUGUCCACCAUAAAUGAAGCAUAG